AAGGAACGCUGCACCAGUCUGCACUUCUCGUUCUCUCGCUCUCUCGCUGUGUGUGUGCGUGUGUGCGUGUCUGCAUGCGUUCUGUACAGUACAUUACAUGCCUCGUACUCGUAACCCUAUCACUGCUCAGUGCUAACUCGAUACUGUAUUAUCCCGCCGUUCUUCGUUCGAGCGGCGUGCUGACCGUGCACCGCCUGCGGCUCUCUCUUUGCACAUUCACUGCCACAACCCACCACCAGCGCUCAUCGUCGCACAACCAACCACUAUUCCUGGCCCAUUCCACUGCAAGCUUCCAUGUCGUCUUCUUCUUUUGCGCCCAUGCAAGCCCAUUCGAUCAGUUAGGGUCCGGGGGUCCUACACACCACCCCCAUCACGGCGCACGUCCCCCUGCCAUGGACUGCUACGCACAGAGGAUGACUAGAUGCCUGAAAGGGUGGCUUACAGGGGUUUUCGGCGUGGUAGUAGUGGUCGUGACGCUUGUAGGUGCUUGCGCCUGGAGACUUGCACCCAGAAUACUCCGAGUCUAUGGUUCACAACGUCUGGGUUUAUAAAGAUGCCUGGGAGGCAGAGUCAACGGAGGGUCCAGUAAAUGUGCAUCACAACCGUCUAGUCAUUCGGACAACGCCUUCUUCCUCUCUUGUACGCCUAUUCGUCUGUGUUCCUGGUCCAUUUCGUACGGCCUCCUUUGCAAUUAUAAAGAAGACGGCUUCCCU